AUGCUCAUAGCCAAUGAGGCGGGCCCCGAGCUUUCAGACCUCGAUGACUCUGCCAGCUUCGCCAACCUAGGCGUUAACAGCCUUAUGAGUCUGGUAGUUUCGGAGAAGAUCCGGACGGAACUGGACGUCAAGGUCAGCGGCAGUCUGUUUUUGGACUGCCCUACCAUAGGAGACCUGAAGGCGUGA